UAUACGUCACUUAUUCCGCCAGAUGAAGUUUGUCUGCGUCUUCCUAGCCGUUCUGGUCGUCGUGGCUGUGGCAGACGAUGACGAUGACGACGACGAAAGGUCAAGGAUCGGAUCUCACGAAUGGGGCAUAGGCUUCAAGGAACGAAAUCCAGUCUCUGGGGAUCAAGAAGACGACGGAGAUGAAGAUGAAGAAGUAAAAGUAAAAAAAACCAACAUCUUCGUCACAAAAACGAAUAUAAGAACGUCAGACACCUUCCGCGACCUGCCAAGCACCAGCACCAGUACCAGCAGUAUCCAGGGACGCACUAGAGGAACUGCUGGCAGGAUCAUAAACACAUUACCUGGCACUCCGCAACAUAUCGGAGGUUCUGGGUUCCAGGCUGGUUUAGGGGCACAAGGAAACAUCGGCGGGCAUUUUGGACCCCCAAGUAGUGCUAUCCUUGGAGAAUCCCUUGGGAACGCCUUUCUCGAGGGAGUCCUAGGAAGACCUAAUCAUGGGGGAUCCCUAGGGAAUGCUAUUCACGGAGGAGUCCUAGGAAAUCCUAUUCAUGGGGGAGCUCUAGGAAAUCCUAUUCAUGGGGGAUCCCUAGGAAAUCCUAUUCAUGGGGGAUCCCUAGGAAGUCCUAUUCAUGGGGGAUCCCUAGGGAAUCCUAUUCACGGGGGAGCCCUAGGAAAUGCUAUCCAUGGGGCAGCCUUAGGGACAGAAAUCCAUGGAGGAGCCCUUGGGACCGCUAUUCAUGCACACGCACCUGGACUUACCACCGGAUUCGUGAGUGGCGCUAUCCCUCAGAGUGUGGGCAUUGGGGCACCAGUGCCACCAAGUACCAGCACCUGUCGCUACUGGUGCAGGACUCCACAGGGCCAAGUCUACUGCUGUGAAAACGCCAACCAGCCACAGUCGUUUGUUGGAAUUGUCAAGCCAGGUCAGUGUCCUCCUGUCAGGCCAGCCUGCCCACCAUUUCGAAGCUUCGGCCCGCCCAUAACUUGCUCCAGCGACGGUGCAUGUGGCGGCAUUGACAAGUGCUGCUACGACGUUUGCUUGGAGGAGCACGUGUGCAAGCCACCCCUUGGCAUUGGCCGAUAGAUGUUUACUGCGGCAGCACGUUUGCACAGUAAAACAAAAUAAAUCAAUGUUUUGCAUAUGAAAAAUAAAAAAUGUCCAU